GGCAUACACUGCUGUGUAUGCUCUAAGGCUUCAAGAGAAGAAAGAAAAAGCGUCUUCUCCAAAAACCCAGAAAAUCGCAGAGAGCUUCUCUUUGUCUUUGUACAGAUCUCGAUGCCUUCUCGUAGAAGAACUCUCCUCAAAGUCAUCAUCCUCGGCGAUAGCGGGGUUGGGAAGACUUCUUUGAUGAAUCAAUAUGUGAAUAAGAAGUUCAGCAACCAGUAUAAGGCAACCAUUGGGGCUGAUUUCUUGACUAAGGAAGUGCAAUUUGAAGACCGGCUUUUCACUUUACAGAUCUGGGACACAGCUGGUCAGGAAAGGUUUCAGAGUCUUGGUGUGGCAUUUUAUCGUGGUGCUGAUUGCUGUGUUCUUGUAUAUGAUGUCAACUCCGCCAAAUCAUUCGAGGAUCUCAACAACUGGAGGGAAGAGUUUCUGAUCCAGGCAAGUCCUUCGGAUCCAGAGAACUUUCCCUUUGUUGUUAUCGGUAAUAAGAUCGAUGUAGAUGGUGGAAACAGCCGGGUGGUUUCAGAGAAGAAGGCUCGAGCUUGGUGUGCUUCGAAAGGAAACAUUCCAUACUAUGAAACCUCAGCUAAAGAAGGCACCAAUGUGGAAGACGCGUUCCUGUGCAUAACUAAGAACGCAAUGAAGAGUGGAGAAGAGGAAGAAAUGUACCUACCAGACACGAUCGAUGUUGGAACCAGCAAUCCACAGAGGUCAACAGGAUGUGAAUGCUGAAACUAUUCAAAAUACAUCUGCUCUCUCAUCAGUAAUCUCACUCUUGAGGUUUUUACCAUUUUACCAUAUUGUAAAUCUGUUGUUCUGUGGUACAUUAAUAUUUUUAAAAAAAAUUAGAACCCUAAUAAAUAAAUAAAAAGCCGAAUUGGGUUGGUCGGUGUUUAUGGAUCUCU